AUGUAUUCAGAAGUAGAAGCACGCAAGGUGAGUUUUUUCUCAAUAAAUGUAUUCUAGCAAUUUCUAGUCACAAAAACUCAUCACGUCAUUUUAUUUAAAUAAAAACUGUGCUAAAAUUUCAGCUGUUUACGAAACUGUGUUUUGAUUCUCAAUUUAUUCGGAAGUUAAAUAUUUUUUGGAACCGGCUGGAAAAUUAAUGCAAAUUGCAUUGUGUGAAGUGUACUUCCCUUUAUAUUUUUAGGACCCACAGUUUAUAAGACCCACACUACUUUUUGACCAAAGUGAGAUUUUUAGCAAAAGCAGCCGGUUUUCUAAAAAUAUCUUUUAAUUGCAUGAUAUAUUCUCGAAAAAACUAAUUAGAAAAAAUUUCAAAAAAAAAAUAGCAAAAAAAUUAUCCAGAACAAAAAACUCUCGAGCGGGAGAAAACUCUACACCAACACUAGACGAAAUAGUGUGCCGAAAUUGAGAGAGAACAGAGAAACAAACAACUUUUUUUGAAAUGUCCGCACGACCCUGUGAAUGAAUGAAAAACAUGGCAGGCAAAGAAAAAAUGCAGCCAAGUAUGUUUUCUCCUCUUUUCAUUCUUUACUUCUUAUUUAUUUGUAAUUUUUUUUUGAAAAAAAUGUUAAUCAGUAAAUCAGAAAAAAACAAUUGAUUUAUGAUAUUUUGAUGAGAUUAGUGUGUAUUGUUUCAUUCUUUAAUCCUCAAUAACUUGUGUCAUUUUUGGUGCUUCUAAGUUUCUUCAAACCGGUUUUUUUUCUCCAAUCUUUUGUCACAUCUUUGCCUUUCUCACUUAUGAAUUUUUUCUUCAAAAAAUUCUCCAAAUAUUUCAAAGAAUAACAUUUUCAAAUAUAAAUGACCCUUUAUUUAAAAAAAUCAAUCAUUCUCUCAUCGUUCGUUCGCAUAUUACAAAUAAAUAAGAUAUAAUUUGUUUAUCAUUUUCAUUUUCAUCAAUAUUUUUUCUCUUCAAAAUGUUCGAAAUAUUUUUUCACUGAAAAAACUUCCUUGCCAUUUUCUCGCAAAUAUCAAACACGAAAAAACACACAUAGUUUCUUAUCAGUGUUGCAUAUAUUCUGUCCUUCCUCGUGACUUCUCUCAUUCUUUCAGCAAAUGGCGGAUCGUGAUUCAAUUGGGCAUGAUGCAACUGCACUUAUUGGAAAUACGCCAAUGGUGUAUUUGAAUAAGCUUUCGCAAGGGCUUCCAGGAAAAGUUGGUAAGUUCAAAUUCAGAAUAGAGAUUUUCUUUGUUUGUUUACUGGGAAAUGUGGGUAAAAAUAGAAAAACCCCAGAAAGUUAUUCAACCUGCUCGAAACCUUGAGAUCAAUUAAGCUGUGAUUUAAAAUCCCCGUAUGAAUUGUAUGAUUUCCUAAAACUGUGUUGAACUUGAAAUCUCAUAUUCCUGAAACUGUGAAUGUUAAUUUAAACAUAAAUUCAUUCUGAUGAGAACUUUUUUUCAAAACUUUUUGUUUUCAGCUGCAAAAGUCGAAUAUAUGUCACCCGCUGGAUCAGUGAAAGACAGAAUUGGAUUGGCCAUGGUUCAAGCAGCCGAAAAGGAGGGAAAGGUCAGUAAACAGGAAGUUUAGUAUUCCUAGUAACUUGUUUUUCAAACUUUUCCACUGAAAUUGAAGACUUUCCAAAAAGUCAUAUUACUGUUCUAGGGUUGUUCUAACUUUCUUACCAACCCCUUAUAAAAUCAACUCAACUUUAGCUAAUUCCUGGGGUAACUACUAUCAUUGAACCAACAUCUGGAAAUACUGGAAUCGCUUUGGCUUUCGUUUCCGCGGCACGUGGUUACAGAUGUAUUUUAACUAUGCCCGCUUCGAUGUCUGUUGAAAGAGUGAGUUUCAUUUUUUUCAACCUAUCCAACCCACAAUUUUCCAGAGAACAUUAUUGAAAGCUUAUGGAGCUGAAGUUGUGCUCACCGACCCUGCAAAGGGCAUGAAGGGUGCCAUUGAAAGAGCCACUGAGCUGCAAAAAAAUCUGCCAAACUCGGUUAUCCUCGCUCAAUUCGAUAACUUGAACAAUCCAUUGGUUCAUUAUCACACAACUGGACCGGAAAUUUGGAAACAAACCAAAGGAAAAGUUGAUGUUGUUGUUUUUGGAAUCGGAACUGGCGGAACUAUAACUGGAGUUGGAAAAUACCUUCAAGAAACAAAACCAGGAGUUAGAGUUUUUGCUGUAGAACCAGAAGAAUCAGCUAUUUUGAGUGGAAAUCCUGCAGGACCACAUAAGAUUCAAGGUUUGUGUUUUUUUUUCUAAUUGGAUUACAUACGGAUCAAAGAUCAAAUUGAGUUCUGCAAUGUAAAUGGUGAAAAUUAAAGGUUGUCUUUUUUUUCAGUAAAAGGCAAAAUGGGGAAAAUAUGAAUCAUAAAUAAUGAGAAUGUUUGAAAAUUGAUAAAAGAGCAGAGAACACGAAUAGAACUAUAAAAUGAACUUUGAAUAGACGUGGGAAUAAAUAAUUUAUCAAAAAAGGUUCAAUUUUUUCUGAUAACUAGUUCACAUGUUUUAUUUAUAGUGAAAAGGAGAAAAUAAAUUAUUUAUUUGGUGGUGGAAUUCUCGGCUUCCAUGCGGAUUUUAUUUUUUUGCAGGAAUUGGUGCCGGUUUUGCUCCGGCUGUUUUGGACACAAAAAUCUACGAAGAUGUUAUUCGUAUUCAUUCCGACGAAGCUAUUGUUAUGGCAAAGCGUUUAGCUUUUGAAGAAGGAAUUCUUUGCGGAAUCUCAUCUGGCGCAAAUGUUGCUGCUUCUUUACAACUUGCCGCGAGACCGGAAAUGGCUGGAAAACUUAUUGUUACAGUUUUGCCAAGUUUUGGAGAAAGAUAUCUGUAAGUUAUCACAAUUCUAAUCUGCUUCAAACAUUCCUAAUAUUUUCUUUCAGCUCUUCGGCUUUGUACGCUGAUGUUCGUGAUGAAGCAAUCGGAAUGGGUGUCGAAUCGCUUGAGUCAAAUCUCAAAGGUUUGAAAUUACACGAGUAUGAAGUUAUGGAAUAA